UUUGACUAGACUCUUCUUCCACAGAGCAAGAGAGAGCCCAGAAUCAGCACUACCCACACUCUCUCUUCCCCAAAAAAUAAACGAAACAAAGAAUCGAUCAAAAUCCAAAUAUUUAAACUUUCUGAGUCAACAAACUACAACGAAGAACAAGCAGAAGAAGAAGAAGAUAAUAGCUGUAGCGAAAGGCCGAGUCUUCCAAUCCCUGUAGAACAGAGGUCAAAUGGGGUGUUCUUCAAUUCAAUUUGGGUUAGCUCGUGGUGAUUUUUCUUGAUUUGGACUAGUUUGGAGUGGUUUUCUGCAUCUGGGUUUUGAGUUUUCAGUGCAAAGUUUGAGUCUUUGGUGAAGGGUACAGAGCUGAAGGAGGGUUUUUGUUUUUCUGGGAAGCUGAGAUUGGGGCUGGGUUGAUUUGUGGUGUUGGGGGUUCAUUUUUCUGAUGACAAUGGGGGUUCUGGGGUUCUGUUUGUGAAUCAUUACACUCGAGUUUUCGUGACUGCUUUUGGGAGUGUUGGAGGCUUGUGUUUGUGGUUUUGGAGGGCUGGCAUUUUGGUUGUUGUGUAAAUUAUGUUAAAGCAGAUAUUGAGUAAGGUGUCCCGGAAGUCUUCUAAGCAUUCUGAAAGCCGGGAUGGAGGCCAUACGUUGUAUUCGAAUGCUCCCACCUAUGGAAAGAGUGGUGAGCUGGGGACUGGUAAGUCUGGUAAUGUGAUUUCUUCUGUGCCAGCUGGUGGUUUUGUUUCGGAUGUUGGGAAUGGUUAUGGGAACAAGAGCGCAAAGGGUGUGAAUUUGAAGCUGAAUGGCUUUGCGGCGGCUUCUUCUUAUGAAGCAUUGCCGGGAUUUAGAGAUGUUCCCAAUUCUGAGAAGCAGAACUUAUUAGUCAGAAAGCUAAACUUGUGCUGUGUUAUAUUUGACUUCACGGAUCCAACUAAGCACCUGAAAGAAAAAGAGAUCAAGCGCCAAACACUGUUGGAAGUAGUGGAUUAUGUGACUUCAGCGAAUGGUAAAUUCUCAGAAGUUGUAAUGCAAGAGGGUAUUAAAAUGGUGUCUGCAAAUUUGUUUAGGUCAUUCUCUCCACAGCCACGGGAGAAUAAGGUUGUAGAUGGUUUUGACUUGGAAGAGGAUGAGCCUUUGAUGGAUCCUGCUUGGCCUCACUUGCAAAUAGUUUACGAGUUUUUGUUGAGAUUUGUUGCAUCACCUGAGACAGAUGCAAAGUUAGCAAAAAGAUAUGUCGAUCACUCAUUCAUUCUAAAGUUGCUGGAUCUAUUUGACUCUGAAGAUCCUAGAGAGAGGGAGUAUUUGAAAACAAUUCUGCACAGAUCAUAUGGAAAAUUUAUGGUGCAUCGUCCAUUCAUCAGGAAAGCUAUCAACAACAUCUUUUAUAGUUUUAUCUUUGAGGCCGAGAAGCAUAAUGGGGUUUCUGAACUUCUAGAAAUUUUGGGUAGUAUAAUAAAUGGGUUUGCUCUGCCACUGAAAGAAGAACAUAAAUUGUUCCUCGUUCGGGCUCUAAUUCCCUUGCAUAAGCCAAAGUAUCUAGCAAUGUACCAUCAACAGCUAUCUUAUUGCAUUACGCAAUUCGUAGAAAAAGAUUGCAAGCUUGCUGAUACUGUCAUAAGGGGUUUAUUAAAGUACUGGCCAGUCACUAACAGUUCUAAGGAAGUGUUGUUUAUUAGCGAACUGGAGGAGGUUCUAGAAGCAACUCAGCCAUCUGAAUUUCAGCGCUGCAUGGUUCCCUUAUUCCGCCAAAUCGCUCUUUGUCUAAAAAGUUCUCACUUUCAGGUGGCAGAGAGAGCUCUGUUUCUGUGGAACAACGAUCACAUUGAGAACUUGAUCAAGCAGAAUCGUAAGGUUUUACUGCCCAUUAUCUUCUCUGCAUUGGAGAAAAAUGCGACAAACCAUUGGAAUCAGGCUGUUCAUAGCUUGACCUUAAAUGUCCGCAAAAUUUUCUAUGAUCUUGAUCCCGAGCUGUUCAACGAAUGCUUAGCCGAGUUCAAAGAAGAUGAAUCGAAGGAAGAUGAGGUAAUAGCACGACGUGAGGCCACGUGGAAACAUUUGGAAGAAGUUGCUGCAAAGAAAGCUUCGAGCAAUGAACCUGUGCUUGUUCGUGGCAGAGCACCUCUGCGCACUGCUUCACGUUAGCUGAAGAGAGACUUGCAUUUCAGUGACAUCAAUAUUUUUCCGGGUUCAAAUGGGAUUGGUUCAGGUGGAAUACUCAUGCUUUGUCAUUUGCUAUAUGUAUGAUGUAGUUCUAGACAACGUAGGUUCUGGCAGAUAACCAGUCUCCAAGAAACUUCUGUCUGCCUCAUUGAUUGUUCCAUUUCGAAGUUAUUUGUAGCUGUGCUUUGGCGUAAAUUUAUAUACUGCAAUUUCUGGAAUACAAAGCAUGAUUAUUCAAUCACUACAUUAAUGA